UCAGUGGUUCAUAUUUGGCUUCACUUUGGCGGAGGUCUCUCUUUCUCGACGUCCUCUGGAGCCGGCCGGACGCUGAAGUUCCCCUACCUGCGCAGAACACGUCGCAUGCACACUCGUGGUCGUCGACGUCGCAGUGCACUGAAGUCUACGCACUGCGCCAAGUUCACUGGAAACGGUCAACGGACAGAGAGAAACCUCACCAAAGAUUGAUUUCAUCAGCUGAAAUGCCUUUAAGGGGAAUCCGAUUUGCCCAGCUUCUACCAAUCUUCUGCGCACUCUGCCAGCUCACCAAAGCCUUCCCAGCCACCCAUUAUGCCCAAGACCACGGCCCCCAGCUCCAGGUAGACAUCCCCCCCCCGGCGGUCUUCUCCGUCCCACUGGGCAGCUCCAUCGCCAUCCCCUGCUUCAUAUCCACCACGACCUCCGACCCUUCCCCGUCCCCCGCCCUGCCCCCCCGGGUCAAGUGGACCCUGGUGGCGGGCGGCGUGGAGACGGAGAUCCUGGUGGCGCGGGGCGAGAGGGUGAAGGUCAACGAGGCGUACCGGGACCGGGCGGCGCUGCUCAACUACACGGCGUCCCCUCUGGACGACCUGACGCUGUGGCUGGGCGAGCUGCGCGCCAGCGACAGCGGCCACUACCGCUGCGAGGUCCAGCGCGGCCUGGAGGACGCCAGCGACUUCGUGGAGCUCAAGGUCAAAGGCGUUGUGUUCCACUACAGAGAGGCAUCUGGCCGCUACGCCUUCUCCUUCCAGCAGGCGCAGAGGGCAUGUGAGGACAUCGGAGCCCACAUGGCAACUCCAGACCAGCUGCUGGCUGCUUAUUAUGAUGGCUACGAGCAGUGUGACGCCGGCUGGCUGGCCGACCAGUCCGUCAGGUAUCCCAUCCAGGUGCCUCGGGAAGGUUGCUUUGGGGACAUGGACGGAAAACCGGGAGUAAGGAACUAUGGGACUAUGGAUCCAAAGGACCUCUAUGAUGUGUACUGUUAUGUGGAGCAGAUUGAUGGGGAGGUGUUCCACGACCCUCUCCCCCAGGCCCUGUCCUACGAGGGGGCGCGGGCCUACUGCCAGCGGGCCGGGGCGGCGCUGGCCUCCACCGCCCAGCUGUACGCGGCCUGGAGCGACGGGCUGGACCGCUGCAGCCCCGGCUGGCUGGCCGACGGCAGCGUGCGCUACCCCAUCCUCACCCCCAGGGAGCGCUGCGGGGGACCCCAGGCCGGGGUGAAGACCCUGUAUCGCUUCACCAACCAGACAGGCUUCCCAGAGCGCUCCGCCCUCCACGACGUCUACUGCUUCCGAGCUCUCGGCGACGCGCAGACCGACUCUCCACCCGACUACGCGGCCACGGAGCCCGAGGACAUGGGCCAGGACGUGGUGGUCCUCCUGCGGCCCGUGGAGGAGCUGCAGCUCAAGCAGCAGUACGACCACAAGGAGCGAGAGGCUCAGAGCGCGCUGGAGUCCCUCCCCAUCUCCCCGGUGCCGACCGUCCAGGGGCGAUCCCUGGCGCCGGGCGACGCCGAGACCACGCGCCUCCUCAACACCACCUCCCUGACGGAGCUCCUCCCGCCCUUUGACAAGACAGGGAACGAUUCUACGACCACCAGCACCGCCGCCGCCGCCUCGACACCGGUGCCUGCUACCGGCGCCACCGCAGACGAUACUGACCGUCCCCUUUGGUCCAGCACACUGUGGCCUGACGGCGAUAAUGUGACGGAUACCAGCCACAACGCCAGCACCGGCCUUGACCAAGCGGAGCUGGAGGAAACCGUCCAAUCGCUGGAGUACCCCGAGCCGUCGUACGAGCCUCACAGGCAUUACCAGCCGAUGCCAGAUGUCAAUCUGGAAGAGCAUCAGUCUCAGCUGUCAGAUGGCUCCAAGCAUUUCCAGCCGAUGCCCGAGACCAACUUGGACGUUGAGGAACGCUCGGAAGGUAAAGAAAGCAGUCCAGACGUCGACCAGAGCGAAGAGGCGGUAGCCUCCGUUGUCCCGUCCACGACCCUUGUGCUUGAUUUGAACCUGGAAGAGACCGAACGAACGACCGAAAGGCAGCAAGCGUCCUCAUCGAGCCGGCCCACAGGAGAGGUAGCAGGACGCGUGCUCCUGACCUCCACCGGGUCUCCGACCAGGGAGUCCACCUCCCUGUGGUUCCCCGACGAAGGGUCGGCCGAAGAUUCUCAAGAAAACGUCUCUGAUGGACAAAACACCAGUUCAAUGGCAUCAACCAUCGUGCCAGUAGCCUUCACCUCACCCAUCUCUUCGACUCACCUCGCCCCGUCCUCCGCCACAGUGGUGGUCACUCCAACUGACCUCCCAUCUGAAGGCCCAGGAGCAACCCUCUUGUCUCCUCCGGAGGUCUCUGAGGCCGGGCUCCCUCAGGUGGUUUACUCCGCGGUCGUCAACCCCUGGGAGAUCUCAACCAGUCAGGAAGGCAGCGGGAGCUCAGAAUACGACGAUCUGAUGGGGGCCACCUCCGCCUCCAACACCAUCAAUGCGACCACCACCACCACCACCACCACCGCCAGCACCAAUGCAACCACCACCAAUGCGACCACCACCAAUGCGACCACCACCACAACCACCACCUCCACCAAUAUAGUCAUCACAGCCACCGCCCCCACCACCACCACAACACAGGAGGCGCAUCCCACCGGAGCGGUGUCGUCUGUGGGCAGCACCGUCCACGAAACAGCCGUGAGUUCCACUGAGACUCCGGAGAGGAAGGUCAACGGCGCCCGACAGACCGCCGGCCCCACUGCAGCGGUGCCCCGCGGGGAGGCCGGGGCCGACCCGACGUCGGCCUUCACGGGGGCCCCCACAGCGGGACCCCGGGCCGCACUCCGGGAGCUCGGGUCCACCUCCACACCGAGCGACACCUCCCCGGAGGACGAACAGCUGGCCGGCUUCCCCAUCAACACCCAGAGCCCCAGCGGGACUCUCCCCCAGGCCACCUCCACGGCGCAGGAGUCCCCGCCGGACCCCGAACACAGCAGGGAGGCGCCCUCUCUCUUCUCCGUGGUGACCCGAAAGGUCCCCGGGGACGGCGAGCAGUUCAGCAUGUGGUCGAACACGCGGAGCCCCGUGGCGUCGACGCCGGCCAAGGUUUCCCGCAAGACCCCCGGGCCGUCGCCGCCAUCGCCGCCGAUGACCACCUUUCUGCCCCCGGUGAACCAAGGGCGGGUUGACGAGCAGUUCAUGCUCACGCAGCCGCCCACAUUGCUCAUCUUGCCCAAUGAGAGGGCUGCUGUGGGCAGCGCAGGGAACCCCUCAGAUGCAUGUCUGCCGGAGCCCUGUCUCAACGGGGGGACGUGUGUGGAUCACAGCGGCCGCGUGCAGUGCCUCUGUCUGCCCAGCUACGGAGGGGACUUCUGCCAAACCGACGUGCACCGGUGUGAGCCGGGCUGGGAUAAGUUCCAGGGCUUCUGCUACCGCCACUACGGCCAGCGUCUGAGCUGGGAGGUGGCCGAGCUGCACUGCCGCAUGGCCGGGGCCCACCUGGUGUCCAUCAUGAGCCCCGAGGAGCAGACCUUCCUCAACAGUAAAUACGAAGAGUACCAAUGGACCGGGUUGAAUGACAAGACCAUCGAAGGAGACUUCCGCUGGUCUGAUGGAAACCCCCUGCUCUAUGACAACUGGCACAGAGGGCAGCCAGACAGCUACUUCCUGUCCGGGGAAGACUGUGUGGUGAUGAUGUGGCACAAUGGUGGACGAUGGAGCGACGUGCCGUGUAACUAUCACCUGGCAUACACCUGCAAGAAAGGCACCACACUGUGCGGCCCACCGCCUAAAGUGAAGAACGCCUCCAUUUAUGGAAGAGUGGUGCAGAGGUACCAGACGGGGGCGUCCGUGCGCUACCACUGCGCCGAAGGCUUCCGGCAGAGGAGAUACCCCCUGGUCAGCUGCCUGUCAGGGGGCGUGUGGGAGGAGCCUCGGAUCCAAUGUGUCCCAGUCGGUGGGAGGAUGCUGGAGGCAGCGGGUCACAUCUAUUCAUCCACCGGAGUGAUGUUCGCGGCUGUCCAAGACGAUGUUGACGAUGAAGCCACAACGACAGAGGCGUCGCCACAGUAUUGGGACAUCAAGUUUUAAACCGACAACCGCUUUAGAGCCCAUCUUUUUGAUUGUGCAUUGACAUAUGCUAUAAUGACGCUUCCAAACAAAACAUAAGCAGUAGGCAGUUAGACCACCGUUUUGUAAUGCUGAGACAUGUUGUUCUUAACUGAAAAAAAAAAAAGGAGCUGGGUUUUUUAUACUUUCUACUGAUUUCUACUUUGUGAAAUUGGAUACACCCAUCCAAGGAAACCCUGCUGUGUCCAAAGCAAUAAGAUGAUGUUGCACCUAGUGCCCUUCGCCACUAGAUGGUACUAUUGCGCCAUAGAACCCUUGUACGUCUACUGAAUAAUUUGGUUGAUCGUGUUGAAUUAGAAAUAUUUUCAAACCGAUGAAUUUAAAGGUGGAUUUAGAGUAGGCUAUUAUUCAAAACAGAAAACAAAAUGUACAACCUGUAGACCUAUUAUGUUUUUAUAUUCAGCCGAUGGUUCUUAGCUAGACACGCAUAAGAAACACAACAAAUCAAAACCGUCAAUACUUUUCCUAUCAUUUGUUGUGGGGAACCAUUGCCGACACAGCUUUGUCCAUCAACUUUAUGUUAUAAUAAAGUUCUGUAGGACAGCGCGGUGAUUAAAAUACAUUUCUUAAACCAUAACAGUUUCAUUUCCUUUUUCUUAUUCGAGAAUCACAUCAUUAGUGGUAGG